CGGACUAGAACAAGAAAUAUACGGUCCAGGACAAUUGCCUAAGUGGAGGAGGCACCACGCACAUUUUUACAGACACAAGGACACAUUACAGUAAAGGUUUUGAUGUGGACUCACUGUGAGUUGGGAUUAAAUAACUUUUAUUUUCGUUUGGAAUUAUAACUCGAAGAAAAGACGAAACCAUCUAGAAGAUGUUGCUUAAUAUUAAACAUAUAUUAUGGAUAAUCUGUAUAUACCAAACAACAACUGGACCUGUCUCUGGCACUUUAAUGGUGAUGCGUCCUGUCAGCGGACUGUUAUCUGGGAAAGUGACUCUUCCAUGUCACUUUUCCAACAUCCCCACUGUUGCACCUAGCAACACCACCACCCUAGGAAAAGAUUACCUGCGCAUAAAGUGGACCAAAAUUGAGGGGGACGUAGAGUCGACUGUUCUUGUCACCCAAAACGGCGCCAUUAAGAUUGGUUCAGCUUACAAGACUCGCGUGUCUGUGCCUAGUCACCCAGAAGACAUUGGGGAUGCUUCUCUGACAAUGGUAAAACUUCGGGCCAGUGAUGCUGGAACUUACCGCUGCGAAGUGAUGUUUGGAAUUGAGGACACACAAGAUACAGUCAGUUUGGAUGUUGAUGGCGUGGUGUUUCACUACAGGUCCCAGACUAGCAGAUACAGUCUGAACUAUGCAGAAGCUGUCCAGACCUGCAAGGAUGUCGGGGCCACCAUUGCUACAGGAGAACAGCUGAAGGCAGCUUACGAGGAUGGUUUUGACCAGUGUGAUGCUGGCUGGUUAGCAGAUCAAACAGUGAGAUAUCCAAUCACCACACCAAGGCCUGGCUGCUUUGGGAAUCUGCUUAAAAAACCUGGUGUCAGGUCAUACGGCCCACGCAAGCCCACUGACACUUUUGAUGUAUACUGCUAUGUGGACAAGCUUGAGGGAAAUGUUUUCUUUGCCCCCACAAUGCAUAAGAUGACCUUUGAAGAGGCCAAGGCUGAGUGUGAAAGCCAGAAUGCAGUGCUGGCUUCUCCUGGCCAACUUCAUGCUGCUUGGAGACAAGGUCUGGACAGAUGUGAUUAUGGGUGGAUCUCUGAUGGCAGUGCCCGUCACCCUGUCGCUGUACCCAGACAACAGUGUGGGGGUGGUCUGCUGGGAAUCCGUACCAUGUACCGCUUCCGUAACCAAACAGGCUUCCCGGAUCCCAAUAUGAAAUUAGGAGCUUACUGUUUUAAAGGUUUUAAGUUCUUAUUCAACCAGUCCUCUUGGGUGGAUGUCAUAAUCCAUGAUGGUACCACCAUGGAGCCCAACUCCACCACAGAGACCAUCGCAGGCCAGACUCGUUCUCCUGAUGCUGACCUCUCUCAUGUUCCUGAAGUGUUUGCUUCAUCACAGGUCACCUCUGAUGAUGCCCAAUCCCUUACAAAUGCUUUUGAUGGCCCGGCCCCAACAGAUAUCCCUUAUAUGUUUUCUACAAGCAUGGCACCACCAAAGACAAGUCGUGCUUCUGACGGUCUGGAAUCUUUUGAAAAUCCUUCCACACUCUGUGUAAAAUCUGUGGAAAGUGUCUCUGCAACAACAUUUCCAGAUUUUGAUAUUAGUGAAUUUGUAACUGAAAUGGUGGAUGAAGGAGCAGAUUUUCAUGGAGAUGUAGUCCGUGGAGAACCUACUAGUGCAGUCCCCACUACCAAAGAAACCCCAAUAGAAAAACCAGAGGACAGCAGCAUUAUUGAAGUGGACACCAUUCUGCCUGACAUUCUUCUCUCAGCCUCUCCGAGCACAAAGCCUAUGUUUGCAAUUGGGAAAACAGAGGAAGCUGUCUUAGUAGGAGUUACAACAGAAAGAGUUUUAGACCCAGUGGACCUCUCCACUGUAGAGCCAUCGGUGACCAGUAUCGUUCCAGACUCCAGACUCUACACAGUGGAAGUGUCACAGCCCAGUACAGAACAGACUAUGGGAGCAAUUGGGCCAGUAACAACAGUUAACGUUGAUGAAUUUGGGAACAAGCUUGAAUCACCUUCUUCUACACACUCAUCUUUCACAAUGGCAACAGAGACAACUUUUCCUGAGAGUGCUUUGUCUACUGUGUUCCCUGAGUAUGAAGAUGACAUUGUUAGUGACAACCAUGUUAUGGCAGAACCCUCACCUCACCUGUUCACCGACAAAUACACCAGCCCAGAAUCUGAACCUACAGAGACCUCCAGGAGAGUUACCAGCAAUACAGUCACUGAUUCUGCUACUGUGUCCACAGUUUUUAUGUGUAACACACAACCCGGAGAAACAUCAACUGAGGAAAUCUCAAUACCUACACAAAAUGAGAUUGAACCAUUUACCAGCUUUUUACAAAGUGGAACUAUUGAAUUGACAGAUCGUGCUAGCAUGCCACAAGAUAUGACUGUGCCUGGGUCAACCAAACUUGCAGAGGGAAGUGCGAUGACAACAUCUUCACCUAUGGGUGUUGGAACAUCACAUGAGGAAGCUGAUUCAGGCACUUCAGAGGCACCCAGGGAGACACAGAUAGAGGCCAAGGACACCAUCACAGAUUUUGAAUCAGUAAACCAAAGUCAGAUAACUUUUACAGAGACACCCUUUCAACAUUCACAGCCAGCAGUCAACCCUGAGGUACCUGGUGAAAUUCUAUCUCAUGUGGAUGCUGAGCCUAUCACAACUCGAACAGUAAGCUUGAUAAAUGGCAAGCACGAGAGAACACUUCGUCCUGAAAAUGUGGUGUUAGAAGUCAGAGGAGAUACAUUUGGAAGUGAAUCCCACAUUAAUCAAAACUUAACACAAACCAACAAACAGGCAACAACAUUUAAAUUUGAUAGUUCAUUAAUAGAAGCUGGUAAAACACCACAUGGAUCACUGUUAUCAGGUUCAUCAAUGGUAUCCCCCUUGCUCUCCACAACCCUUGAACCAGAAAAUUUAUUUCGCCAAGGAUCAACAGUAGAAGACUCCACUCUAUUGUCACCUUUUGUGGCAUUAAGUGAAGGGGAUAUUCUUAUAGCUGAAGGAACUAUAAUGCCAAACAUUUUAUCCUCUGCUACAACUGAGAAAAGCUCAUCUACAGCACACUUAACUCUGGAAACAACAAUUAUUCCAUUAGAGAACACGGUGGAUUAUAAUGACACUACUGAAUCAUCCCAUUUAGUUGAUCACAAAAGCACAGCAAACCCAGACAACAGCGAAAUGUUUAGCAAAAAGUUGACUACAGCAAGUUCAUUAUUCACCACAACCAAAUCAGACCAAGAACUCGCCACAAACAUAUCUGAGUCAACAGGUACUGUCUCAAUAGCUAGCUCAAAAGAUGCUAAAACCUCAGAUUAUGAGACAACUAAAACAUAUACCAAACAGCCUAUGUCCUCUAAUGUAACAGCUCAUACCCUUGAAUCCUUGAGCACAGUAAGCACAGUCACAAGUCCAGAUAAUGAAAUAUCUCACAGCUCAGUUACUACAGUAAGUGUGACGGAGGUAACGGAGCUAUCAGCAAAGCCAUCAGAUUCCACUAAUGUAUCAGAGACUCUGUUCUCCUCUGCACAGACAGAACAUUUAGAUGAUACAUUUUCUGAAAGCACUGUCACAAGCAUAGUUACACCAGAAAAGAUGGCAACAACAGAUGGGUUGUCACCAUCAAGUGUCACAUCACUUUUGUUAGCGACAGAAAUGUAUGGUUCAGGAGAUGAGACCUCUGAUAUGAUUGGCAAAGUCAUCACAACAUCAAGUUCUUCAAUUUUCACCCCAACUAAAUCAGACCAGGAAUUCACAGAGACAGAAUUUGAAGGAACAGGAAAAGUCUUACUACCCAUCUCAACAAUACCUGUGACCAUCACCAAUCAAACAGCUGAAACACAUACAAAACAGCCUGUGUCCACUCCAGAUUCUACAGCUCAUACCCUUGAAUCAUUGAGCACAGGACACACAGUCACAAGUCAAGAUGGUGAAAUAUCUCACAGCUUAGUUAGAACUGGAAGUGUAAUGAAGGCAACAGAGGCAUCAGCAAAGCUGUCAGAGUCCACCAUCACUGAUGUAUCAGAUACUCUGUUCUCCUCUGCACAGACAGAGAUGAAAAAAAUAUCUGAAAGCACUGACAAAAGCACUGUGACAACAGAUGAGAUUACAACAAAAGAUGUGUUGUCACCUUCAAGUUUUAUAUCAAUUUUGUCAUCCACAGAAAUUGAUGGUUCAGGAGAUGAGACCUCUCAUAUAUUUAGCACAGAGUUCACAACAACAAGUUCUUCAUUGUUUACCACAACCAAAUCUGACAAAGAAUUCACAAAAACAACAUCUGUAUCAACAGCUACAGCCUCAAUACUUAGCUCGACAGGUGCUGAGACUGUUGCCAGUCAGACAACUGAAACACAUACCAAGCAGCCAUUGUCCAUUUUAGACUCCACUCCAGCAGUGCAUUCCCAUGAAACCUUGAGCACAGGAAGCACAGUCACAAGUCAACAUGGUGAAAUUUCUCACAGCUCCGUUGCUACAGAGAGUGUGACAGAGGAAACAGAGCUAUCAGCAAAACCAUCCGAGUCCACCAUCACUGAUGUUUCAGAGACAAAAGACGUUUUGUCACCAUCAAGUUUUACCUCUUUUGUAUCAUCAGUAACUAAUGGUUCGGGAGAUGAGACAUUUGACAUGUUUAGCAAAGUCAUCACAGCAACAAGUUCAUCAUAUUUAUCCACAACAAUACCAGACCAAGAACUCACAAAAACAGCCUCUGAUACAACUGGAACAGUCUCAAUAUCUAGUUCAACAGGUGCUGAGACAAUCGACAAUAAGACAACUGAAACACAUACCAAACAGCCUGUGUCCACUCUAGACUUUCCUCUAACAGCUCAUACCCUUGAAUCAUUGAGCACAGGAAGCAUAGUCACAAGUCCAGAUGAUGAAAUAUCUCACAGCUCAGUUACUACAGCGAGUGUGACGGAGGUAACAAAGUUAUUAGCAAAGCCAUCAGAUUCCAUCAUUGAUGUUUCGGAGACUUUGUUCUCAUCUGUACAUACAGAACAUUUAGAUGAGAGAUUAUCUCAAAGCACUGUCACAAGCACAGUUGCAUCAGAGGAGAUGACAUCAAAAUAUAUGUUGCCGCCAUCAAGUUUUACAUCAAAUUUGUCAGCCACAGAAAUUGAAGGUUCGGGAGGUGAGAGCUCUGAAACGUUUAGCAGAGUCUUCACAACAACGAGUUCUUCAUUGCUUACCACAAUCAAAUCAGGCCAGGAAGAACUCACAAAGAAAGAACUUGAUGCAACAGGAACAGUCUCAAUAGUUAUCUCAACAAGUGUGAUCAUGACCGAUCAGAAAGUUGAAACACAAACAAAACAGUCUGUGUCUACUCUAGAUUCUAUUGUAACGGUGUAUCCUGCUGAAUCCUUAAGCACAGGAAGCACAGUCACAAGCCCAGAUGAUAAAAUAUCUCACAGCUCAGCUAUAACUGGGAGUAUGAUGGACACAACAGAGCUAUCAGCCAAGCCACCAGAGUCCACCAUCACUGAUGUAUCAGAGAUUAUGUUCUCCUCUGCACAGACAGAGAUGAGAAAACUAUCUGAAAGCACUGUCAAAAGCACAGUUACAUCAGAAAAGAUGACAACAAAAGGUGUGUUGUCACCAUCAAGUUUCACAUCAGUUUUGUCAUCCACAGAAAUGGAUGGUUUAGGAGAUGAAACCUCUGAUAUGUUUAGCAAAGUCUUUACAACAACAAGUUCUUCUGUGCUUAGCACAACAAUACCAGACCAAGAUCUCACAAAAACUUUAUCUGCAUCAACAGGUAUAGCCUCAAUUACUAUCUCAACAGGUGCUGUGACCAUCACCGAUCACACGGCUGAAACACAUUCAAAACAGCCUGUAUCUACUCUUGACUCUACUGCAACAGUGCAUACCCUUGAAUCAUUGAGCACAGGAAGCACAGACACAAGUCAAGAUGAUGAAAUAUCUCACGGCUCAGUUACUACAGAAAGUGUGACAGAGGCAACAGAGCUAGCAGCAAAGCUAUCUGAGUACACCAUCAUUGAUGUAUCAGAGACUCUGUUCUCCUCUGCACAGACAGAGAUAAGAAAACUAUCUGAAAGCACGGUCAAUAGCACAGUUAAAUCAGAUGAGAUUUUUGAAAUUGAUGGUUCAGGAGAUGAGACCUCUGAUAUGUUCAGCAAAGUCUUCACAACAACAAGUUCUUCAUUGUUCAGCACAACCAAACCAGAGGAAGAACUCAUUAAACCAGCAUCUGAUGCAGCAGGAACAAUCUCAAUGUCAGUCUCAAAAGGGACGGAGACUAUAAACAAUCAGACAGCUGAAAUAAAUACCAAACAGCCUGUGUCCACUCUAGACUCUACUGUAACAGUGCAUACCCUUGAAUCUUUGAGCACAGGAAGCACAGUCACAAAUCAAGAUGAUGAAAUAUCUCACGGCUCAGUUACUACAGAAAGUGUGACAGAGGCAACAGAUGUAUUGUCGCCAUCAAGUUUCACAUCAGUUUUGUCAUUCACAGAAACGGAAGGUUCAGGAGAUGAGACGUCUGAUUUGUUUCCAAAAGAGUUCACAACAAGUUCUUAUUUUUUCAGCACAACCAUACCAGACCAAGAACUCACAAAAACAUCAUCAACAAGUACACCUUCAAAACCUAGCUCAAUAGGUGCCGUGACUAUCAGUGAUCAGACAGUUGAAACACAUACAAAGCUGCCUGUAUCUACUCUAGACUCUACUGUAACAGUACAAACCCUUGGAUCUUUGAGCACAGUCACAAGGCAAGAUGAUGAAACAUAUCACAGCACAGAUACAACUGGGAGUGUGAUGGAGGUAACAGAGCUAUCAGCAAAGCCAUCAAAGUCCACCAUCGUAGAUGUUUCUGAGACUCUGUUCUCUUCUGCACAGAUGGAGAAUUUAGAAGAGAAAUUAUCUGAAAUCAUUGCCACAAAGACAGUUACAUUACAAAGUAUGACAACGAAAUAUGUGUUAUCACCAUCAAGCUUAACACCAAUGGCAUCUACAGAAAGUGCUGGUUCAGGAGAUGAGGUCUAUGACAUGUUUACCACAACCAAGUCACAACAGGACCUUGCAAAAACAGCCUCUGAUCCGACAGGAACAGUCUCAAUAUCUCGCUCAACAGGUGCUGAGAACCCAGAUGAUCACACUACUCAAACACCUACCAAACAGCCUGCGUCCACUCUAGACUCUACUGUAAAAGCACAUACCUUUGAAUUCCUCUCAAGCACAGGAAGCACAGUCACAGUUAAAGAUUUUGAAAUGUCUCACAGCUCAGUUACUACAUCGAGUGUGACAGAGGCAACAGAGCUAUCAGCAAAGCCAUCAGAGUCCACCAUUGUUGAUGUAUCAGAGACUAAUGCUGUGUUGUCACUAUCAAGUUUUACCUCUGUUUUGUCAUUCACAGAAACUGAUGGUUCAGGAGAUGAGACCUCUGGCAUGUUUAGCAAAGUCAACUCAACAACAAGUUCUUCAUAUUUAACCACAACAAAAUCAGACCAGGAACUCACAAAAACAGCAUCUGAUGCAACUGAAAUAGUCUCAAUACCUAUCUCAACAGGUGCUGAGACUGUCGAGAAUCCGGCAACUGAUACCAAAGAGUCUGUGUCCACUCUAGACUCUACUGUUACAGUGCAUUUCCUUGAAGCUUUGAAAACAGGAGGCACAGUUACAAGUAAAUAUGAUAAAAUAUCUUACAGCCCAGUUACUUCAGGGAGUUUGACAGCAAAGUACUCAGAGUUAACCAUCAUUGAUGUAUCAGAGACUCUGUUCUCCUCUGCACAGACAGAACAUUUAGAUGAGAAAUUAUCUGAAAGGACUGUCACAAGCACAGAGAAGAUUAAAACAACAGAUGUGUUGUUACCAUCAGGUUUCACAUCUGUAUUGUCCACACAAAUCGAUGGUUCAGGAGAUGAAACCUCUGAUAUGUUUAGCAAAGAGUUCACAACAAGAAGUUCUUCAUUGUUCACCACAACCAAAUCAGACCAGGAGCUCACAGAAACAGCAUCUGAUGCAACAGGAACAGUCUCAAUAUCUAGCUCAAAAGGUGCUGAGACUACUGACAAUCAGACAACUGAUUCACAUGCCAAACAGCAUGUGUCCACUCUAGCCUCUACUGCUACAGUGCAUACCCUUGAAUCCUUGAGCACAGGAAGCACAGUCACUAGUCAAUAUGAUGAAAUAUCCCACAGCUCAGUUACUGCAGCAAGUGUGACAAAGACAACAGAUAUAUCAGCAAAGACAUCAGAAUCCACUGAUAUAUCAUCCAUACAAACUGAUAGUUCAGUAUCAGUCACUCCCAGUCUAACAGUGACUUCUCCUCUGAGCACAAGCAAAAUGUUUACAUCAUCUUUUCACAAAAUUCCUAGCAAGCACACAACAGCUUCAUUUGUAGAUGCAAAAGAUGACACAACAGAUGAUGAAGGAUCAGGAGAGCAGUUUUCACAAGUAUCCUCUGUCAUUCAUGUCUCUUCAGCAGCCAUCAAAACACAAACUAGUUCUUCCACAAUUCCUCUGACUAGCACUGCGUCAAGUCCCAUCGCACCCGUCUUUGAAGAAUCUGGUAUCACAGAAGGUGACCAUGAGACCACUCAUUCAGAAGACCCUAGCAAAGAAGAUAGAGUGACUCUAACAACUAAAACAUAUGAUAAUUAUACCGUGGCCACGGAUGAGGCUGAAAUCAGUGAGGCUAACAACACAUCAGAGUCAGAGAACUUUGAAAGUUGUACUAAAUCAACAUUGCUGUCUAGCACAGCAGUCACAGCGUUUGUUAAUGAACAUAUUAGUGACCUUACAGAUGAAAAUGAAGAAAAUGAAGAUUAUGCGUCUGGUGGUGAAAUAUCCCCAGAGGUUCUGGAAGCAAUUCCUUCUCAAGCUACACCAUUAGAAGACAUAACUACAAUGGUAUUUACACAACCGCAGAAACAUUGUGCUCCAAUGCUGUCAAGCACAUCUGAUCCAUCAUUUUUUGAGAGCCAAAGCACCAUAAGACCAAAUACGUUAGAAACAGACUUGGAAGGGUCAGCAUUUUCAACCACGGAUGAUGAUCAAGAAUUUACCCCACUAGAAGAAUUAACCAAUGAGAUAUCAGAAACAUCAUCAACCAAAGCAUAUGAAGACCCAACUGUAAGAACUGAUGAGGUGGAAAUUGAUGAGAAAGGUGUCUCCAGCAUUGAAUCCAUAACUGCUACUACAUAUUUUGUGAGUCAGCCAACUUCAUCCCCAUCAUCCUCCUUCCUAAGCUCCACCCAGCCAACUGUUACCUUCACAACUUCAGUUUUAGAGGAUGGCAGUGGUGAUAUAAUAGAAGGCUCAGCAGAGGGUGAUGAAGCAGAAGAUGAAGGUUCAGGUGUUGAUACAACUCCUGUAACAUCAUCACCUUUGCUUUCAAAUAAAAUAAUGACAGAGACAGCUGUUAGCACAACAUCCUUUGGUUUAGCCAGCAGUGAAAAUGACAGUACACCAACCACCACAACUGAAAUGCAGAGAGCACCCUCAAGCACUCUAGUUUCAGUGGCAGCACAGACAGAGCAUGAACCUUCUGUUGGUCUCUUCACAGCCUCAAAAGCCAAUUUAACAUUUGAUUUGGGUGGCAGACUCACUACAUUAGUUACAUCACAUGGUCCUGUGUCCAUACCUACCCAAUCAGUCUUGUAUAAGGACAAUACUGAUCAGCAAGUAACAACUGUUACUCCAACAAACAAAGUCUUAAUAUUAACUGAAGAUGAGAAAGAUGAGGAUGAACAGUUUCCAACAGUAACAGAGAGUAUGAGAGAUCAUAGCAUCAAGUUAGAAGUUAUCACUAAAGAUGACAUGAUCAUUGAUGCAGAUGCUGUGUCUAUUUCAGAACUGUCUUCACCUUUUGCCCCUACAAUUAUUACAGAAGAAGCUGUUGGAUUAAGAGAAAUGGUCAUAACACCACAACCUUCAAGCAUUACGAUAGAAGAAACAGAUGGUUCUAGAAUAGGUGGCACUGAGUUGAAUCAGUUACAUGGGACAUAUGAAACAGAAGGAGUAUUAUUAACACAAGCAACACAAACUCCCGAGACUACCAGUGCUGAUGUAACUGAACACACCCAAGCUGGUCAAACUUCCAUUGAAUCUACUGAAGCUACAAUGGAAACACUGACUGAGGAUUUCUCAGAAGAUCCAAAUGAGAUUACAAACUCUGAACAGAUAGAAGUCUCACCUGCAUCAGAUUUAUUAAGCACUGCAUUUGUCAAUAUUGAUGUCACCCCAGAUCAGUUGUCUCUCACUGGUUCAGUGACAGGAUCUGUGGAUUCACAAACCACAAGCAUGUCUGAAUAUGUUAAGACAACUAAAACACCAGUGACAGCUGAUAUAACAUACUUCACGGAUGAAACAGAGGAACCAUUAGACGUUAUAUCAUCCGCCUCUGGUACUACAAAUCCAUUAUUUUCAUCAACAGACGAUGCCUCUGGUGAUCAAACAAUUGAAAUGUUUACAGAAGGUCUGACUGAUUUAACUCCAUUGACAGCGGAAGAUGAAGAUAUGUCCACUUUAUCAAAUCUUUCACUGUCUCCAUCUGUGGCGACAUAUUUUGUGAUUAAUUUAGCAACAACUCCUUUGCCAAAGGCAAUAUCAGUAACUGAUGGAGAGACAUAUCAACAAGCUUUGUCUGAGAUGACAGUUACACAUAAGCCCCAGACAAAUAUCGGGACAGGUGAAGAAGAGCCAUUGACCUCCACAACAAUUCCAGAAUCCCUUAUUUCAGCAUCAGAGUUUUAUAACAGUACUGAGAUAGAAACAUUAAUGGAAACUUUAUCAUCUACACACAUACCAAGAUUGAGUGAUCAACCAACCAGCACUCCAAGUUUUAAUUUCUCUGAGGAAGGGGCAGAACACGUCGUAGAUUAUGACACAAUAUCAGAAACUUACAGUGUGGAGUCCAUGCCUGACUUCAUUAACAAAACUGAAUCCACAACAGAACUAGACAUUGGAAAUAAGACUAGUUUAGAGAGUAGCACAGAUGAUGCGACAAGAAUAAACAGCGAGACAAGCUUUGAAGCCACUUCAGAAACAGAAAUUAUCACUGAAACGACUGCCUCCUCAAAACCUGAGGUCAGUGCAACCAAUGUUGAUGAGAACACGCAUCCAGAAGUUAUGAGUACUGUGCACCAGGUAGUCACAUAUGGACUUAUUUCUGCUGCUCUAAGUGAAUUUGAGAAUACAUCACAACCCAAAGAUGACACUGGACUCAUAUCCACUGCAAAACCUGAAUAUGAGGGUUCUGAAAUAACCACUAGCUCAAAGAGCAGCCUAGGUGAGGUUUCGAUCAUCAUACCAUCAUCUGAAGAGGUUCAGACGGUCAUUAUGUCCAAUGCAACAACUUCACCCAUGUUUUGGACACCUGAGUCUGUCAGUAAAGAAAACGCCUCAAGGAAACAGGAGGUAGCUGGUCUGAUUGAGGAAGCUAUAAACCCAACAACCGAGAUUCCAGUUCAGGAACAAGAAAAUUCUGAGGCCACCACAAAAGAUCUUGGAUACAUAAUAACUGGGCAGACAAUUGACAUUCCUGGUGUUCACACCUGUUCUGAAAAUGUUUGCCUGAAUGGUGGUUCUUGCGCAAAAAUGGGUGGUGCUCAGAUCUGCAGAUGUCCACCUGGAUACAAUGGGGAACGCUGUGAAAAAGAUUUUGAUGAAUGUCACUCAAACCUGUGUCGUAAUGGAGGGACAUGUAUUGAUGGCCUAAACUCCUUCAGCUGUCUAUGUCUACCAAGUUAUGCAGGAGCACUGUGUGAAAAAGACACGGAAACAUGCAGCUACAGCUGGCACAAGUUUCAGGGCCACUGCUACAAACACUUUCCUUAUCGGCGUAACUGGGACACAGCGGAACGCGAGUGUCGUCUUCAGGGGGCACACCUCUCUAGUAUUAUUUCACAUGAAGAGCAGCAGUUCAUCAACCGCCUUGGUCAUGACUACCAGUGGAUUGGUCUGAAUGAUAAGAUGUUUGAGAAAGAUUUCCGUUGGACAGAUGGUAGUGUUGUGCAAUAUGAAAACUGGAGACCAAACCAGCCGGACAGUUUCUUCUCUUCGGGGGAAGACUGUGUGGUAAUGAUCUGGCAUGAGGACGGUCAGUGGAACGAUGUUCCCUGCAACUACCACCUCACCUUCACCUGCAAGAAAGGCACAGUGUCUUGCAGUCAGCCACCUCAGGUCCAUAAUGCUCGCACAUUCGGAUUGCCGCGUCCACGCUAUGAGAUUAACUCCUUGAUCAGGUACAAGUGCAUGGACGGCUUCAUCCAGAGACAUGUUCCCACCAUUCGCUGCAAAGGAGAUGGCUCAUGGGAUCUGCCCAGGAUUUCUUGCAUGAGUCCCUCCAACUUCCAAAGGAGAUAUGCAAGACGAUAUCAGACAUACAGUCUUUAUCGCUAUCAAAAGAGAUCUGCAGAAACAUCUGUUGAUAUACCCUAACGACACCAUCGCCAUGGUGCAUUACACCAUCGGACACAAUGAUAGUUACCAACACAGUUAGUAACACAGCCCGUAUGCAAGGGUCCUCUAAAUAUAUUUUAUAGAGUAUAACGGACCUGCCUGAUGGGUGAAAGAAAAGAUUAUAAAAAGGACAAGAAAACAACAUUAAACAGAGUGGGAUAUCACUGGAACCAGUGCCUUUUAAAUAUUUUUGACAUUAUUUUAAAGAGAGGAUUUUCAAAAAUGUAUUAAGGACAUUCAGCUGGCAUCUGAAAAAAGGGACUAUUUGAUGUGCCUUCCAUCUCAUUCUGCUUCAAUCUGUGUCUUCAUAAAUUGUAAUCCAAAAUCCAGACACAAAUGUAACGGAGCUACAGUAGUGUAAAUUUCAUAAACUGUAAUGCCGUGGAUUGGUUUGAUAUCCUACCAUUAUUACAUUGUUAUGACAAUGACAUGAAAAGCCAUGUAGAUUUUAUAUUAUUUAUUCUCUGUUCCAUGCAUUAUUUAAUUUCCACCUUUUUCAAUCAAAAAAAACCCCAAAAGAAUUUAACAACUACUUCAAAUUUCAGCAAUGUUUUUUCUUGGUUGAUUUUAUACUACUUUAAUGAGAAUGUACAGUACUUUGUGCUUAUAAAGACUUGAACAAAUUCCUUUCUUACAAGAUAAUUUAUUCCUUGUGCUGCUCUGUGUCUUCUCAUUGUUUUACUUAAGCACAACGUGCCAAAAAGAAAACUUGGCCAAACUGCACAUUGUCAAAAUUAAAAACAUUAGUAUAUAUACAUUUUAUGUCAACAGCUGUCAUUGAUGUCACUAAUAUAAAUAUUUGCUCAUGUGAAAUAUGGAUUUUGUGAUGACAUUUGGGAUGGACCAAAAUAUUAUUUUCAGUAAUGGCUUAAUUGACUUGUGCUUAAAAACUUGUUAAUAACGGUCAUCCGUUUGUUUAGUCCCAAGCGUUUGUUCUCCAUUUUUUUGGCAAGUUGUCUUCUGUCAGUUUUUGUAUUUUUUUUACAUGUGCACAUAUCUUUUUAUAUAUUUACAGUAUAAAAUGUUUAUUGUCAAAGUGAUUGUCUGUAAUGUUUAUGAAAAGAACAAAAUAGUAAAGAAUGCCUUUAUGUG